CUCGCAACAGGACGCUGACCUGCUGCAGUGCGGGAUGAUUCGGCCCCGUGGACUGAGACUGCAACACAGGGUUUAUUUGAAUGAAUAACUUUAACUAUCCAUACUUUAUAACUUUAUAAUGUCACAUGAAAGCCUUCCGAUGAUAUUUCCUCUCCGACACUGAGCCUGAACACAAACAGCAAAUAGCGUCAGAGACCCACAAGAGAGCAACACUGUACGGCUGACUGCAUCACUGGAGGUUGUGUUCCGAGGUUUACGAGCAGUCCCUGAAGGCAGCAGCGUUAGCUAACGUUAGCAGAGUCUUCAUUUAGCCGGCAGGAGCAGAGCGCAGCAUCUUCAUCAUCUUCAUCCAAACAGGAUGACUUUAAACAGACAACAGCAGAAUUAACCCAACCAGAAAACGAGGGGAUCAUAUCCAUCACCAGACAUGAGUCGCUUCUGUUCAGACAACAACAACUUCCCAUACGACAACAACGUGCUGGUCCUGGACAUGGUGCUGGACUCUCUGUGGGGGGUCCCUCCACCCAUAAACUGGGACAAUAUAGCCAAACUGGUUCCAGGGUUCACUCCUAAGGAGUGUGCUCGUCGCUUUGAGGAGCUGAAGACUGGUGGUUGUCUUCCUCACCUGGAUGACCAGUGUAAUGCCCUGACAGAAGAAAGCCCUGCUCCCUCAGACGACCUCUCUAUGGACUGUGGGGGGCCGGGGGAGACAGGGAGCAGCCCGAGCAGCAAACUGACAGGAUGUAAAUUUGCUCUGACAGGGAGAGUCAGCUCUGUGGAAAAGAAAGAGAGACGGACAUCAGCCGAGGAGGACGACAAAACUCACAAAGCUAGAGAUCCCAACAUGGUGAUCCAUGUGUGCGACGAGACGAAGAACCUGAAACAGGACUUCACCUGCCCCAGAGAUCUUCUAGUGAAGGAGAUGCGUUACUUUGCUGAAUAUUUGUCGGUGGACUCUCAGCGGUGGGAGGAGGUGGACAUCUCUGUCCACUGUGACGUCCAAAUCUUUGACUGGCUCAUGAACUACGUCAGGAGGAACUCUGCUGGAGGGGGCAAGGACAAACCCCGACUUGAGCCCAGCAAUGUGAUCUCAAUCCUGAUCUCCUCCGAGUUCUUGAAGAUGGAUUCGUUAGUGGACGAGUGUAUUCAGUACUGUCACAAACACAUGAGUGCCAUCGUAGCCACGCCCUGCAACAUGAACUGCAUCAACAGCAACCUGACAACUCGCAUAGCCCAACUGUUCAACCACAACGAGGCCGACGACAUCCGGGACAAGAAAGACAAGUUCAAGAGUAAACUGUUUCAGAAGAAGAUAGAGCGUCUCUUCGAUCCAAACUACACCAGCAAAGACUCACCUGGGAAUGCAUCGACGCUCUACAGGUGUGGACUCUGCCUGAAGGUGCUGACCAGAGAGACAGAAAGGAAGAUAUCGUGUGUUCCUGGAAAAAUCAACAUCGAUGCUCAAGGAGAGAUUGUCUACACACACACCAGACAGAAGAGCUGGGAUGUUCAUGAGUACCUCUCUGGUCUGUAUGAGGAGCUGAAGUCUUGGGUCCUGGUCUACUGGAGGAUCUGGGGGACCAUCAACUACCUCACCUGCUCCCGUUGCCAACAGGUGUUUGUGUGUGCAGAGCUCACACACUGUCAGUACCACCCUGACUCUGUGGUAUAUGCUGGUUUGGGAUCAGAGAAGGGCUGGCACGGAGCAGGACUGUAUCCCUGCUGCAAUCAGAGGGUUCUGCGUUUUGACCCCACGGGUAUACCAAAGGGCUGUAAGAGGAGGGACCACAUAGUAAACGUACCGGAUGAGGAGAACUGUGACGAAGAGACAUCAGCUCAGACCGGAGUCCUCAACGACCUGCUGCUGCACAGAGAUGCAGUGUGUGUGUUAAAUACACCUGUAGACAGUGAGGAGAAUAUGUGUAUGUCAGAAAAGGUUCAGGACUGCGAUGUACUGUUGGAGCCGACUCUGCUUGGACGUCUAAGGGGAGAUGCAGGAACCUUUUCCCUCCUGAAGAACUGGAGUCUGCAGCUGAGGCAGCAGUCUCUGCUGUCAGAAGAUGAGGAGUACACCACGGGGUCAGAGGUCACUGAGGACGAGGUUGGUGAUGAAGAGGAGCUGAACAAGAAACAAGCUGCUAAGAAAAACAAAAAGAUACACAGACCCCUGAAGAAACAGCUGUCUUCUCCAAACUUCCAACGCAAAGAAAGACAUGAGAAGACACAGUCCAGAGACAGCACACCUUUCACGGUGAGUGUGCAGAAGAGUAAGUGGGACAGUUCUCGCUCUCUGAGGUACAACCAGGACGCUCAGAGGGAGGAAGACCAGCGUAGGAUGGUGGAGAUUGUUGGUCACCUGACAAAGAUGAGGUUUGGAGAACAGGAGCAGAGCAGAUCCAAAGACAAUAAAGAGCCAUCUGGGGGGAUCUAUUCCAAACUAGAGGCUCAAUUUAAGAGUUCAUCUCAGAGCAGACAGAGUGCAGAGAAAACUCCCAGUAGAUCGAAGCUUCGUUACGCUCAGAUCCGAACAACAUGAAGACGCGAUGAAGAGGGGAACUGUGAGCAUGAUGAAACCUGAGGAAGAGGAAGAUCUUAAUAUAAAUCUCUCUUCUAACUCUCUCCUCACUGUCCUCCCCCUUCCCUGUCCCCUCAGGCCCACACCCCUCUGCUUAUCUCAGGUGAUGAUGUAUUGAUCACCAUCGGUUGCUUCCAUCUCUCAGUUAUCUAAAGCAGAGGUCUGAAUCAGAUCAUGUGACUGAUUUUAGGACUGUGUUUAAAAGUAUGGCUUUACCUGAACAUCCAGAGUCUGUGGAUCCAGAAAGACUGAGAGUGUUUGGUUACAGGACGGACAGUUUCUGCUCAGAAAACAUUCACCUUGUUUCAUUUAAGCUGCUGAUCACAGAGCAUCACUUCCUUCAGCUACAGAGGAUGGUGUAGUUCAGUAUAGUAGCUCUGAACCUGAGCCAAUUUUUACAGUUAUAUAUUAGUUUUGAAUGUCUCUGUUAGAUUUCUUCAGCCUGCAGCAGUGAAACAAGCUGUGAGGAGGCAGCAUUAGCCUUAUUGAUAAAAAUGCGUCGACUGAAAAUUCUUGAUUUGCCACUGCCAGGGGCAAGAAGGCCUAAACCCAGAGUUUCCUGUCAUGAAGCUGCCUCUUCAGAUCAUCAUGGAAACUUAGUCAUAGCCUGAUCUGACCAGUAUGUUCAGAAUCACAGCUUGAAAUCAGUUAUAUAUAAGUGCUGUCAUGUCAUUACUUAUAACCAGCAGAUGUCCCUGUUGUCUAAUACAGAUCAUCAGCAGAUGAAUUAGUGGAAUUAUGUAACAUCACAUUUUUAAUAACACAGAAAGAUAAUGUUUAAUCAUGGUAACACGCUAUAUAUGCAUCACAUCAAAAAAAGGCCUACAUUUAAUUUAAUUCAGUUCUCUUAGUCAUGAAUAUAAUCCAGCCUCCUUCAGUCUCUUUUUUACCAUGUUUGCCUCAGGUGAAAUCAACACUUAAAUUUCAGCAGAUCAUCUGCAUAUAAAGAAACGAUGAUGACACAGCAUCUAUAUUUAUAUUAGACUACGUUUUUAGCUUUGGACAAAAUGAUUAGUGUAAUGAUAUUUAUAACAGAUUAAAUCAAGUUAACAAACUAAUUAGACAUCUACCUUGAAAAGAGGCUACUUAAGUGAUGUCAACGUUAAUGAGUUGUUCUAUGUUUAGACCUCACAUUAAAAAAAGGAACUGUGGUCCUUGAUGUUUAUCCAUCCGUCAUCAUGACUGCUUAUCCUGUUCGGGGGUCGCAGGGGGCUACAGCCUGCCCCAGCUGACAUCAGGCGUAAGGCAGGCUGCAGCCUGGACAGGACGCCAACGUAUCAACCAUUCACACACACACUCCCACCUACGGGCAAUUUAGAGUGACUAAUUAACCUGGAGAGCAUGUUUUUGGACUGUGGAUGGAAGCUGGAGUACCCAGAGAGAACCCACGCAUGCACGGGGAGAACAUGCAAACUCCACACAGAAAGGCACCUGAACGGGGAUUUGAACCAGGAACUGUCUUGUUGUGAGGCAACAGCGCUAUGCACUGCACCAGCGUCUUCUCAUUAUCAGUCUGACUGGGGUAAAAUCAGGUCAUUGUUCCUUUUUGUGUUUGGGAGAACAUCAAAUGAUCCAAUGAGCGCCCCAAGCAUGUGAACAGAGCCUGAAGCAGGAAGCCAACAAAGAGUGUUUAACCAGCUUCAUGAUACCUGGUAUCUCUGAACAGACAUUCAGGCUUCAUCAAGCCAGUUUAUGCCAGGAAAUCCAGGAUAUGUUGAGCUCGCUAUGUGGUAUAACUAAGAUCAUUUUCAGUAUCAUCAUCGUGAUUAUUAUUUCACGAGUCUGCCAAGAAGAGAAAGCCAUGACAUCACUCUCUUCAAACCCAGCUGACUCCAGUGACAGAAAUAUUACUUUUACUUUACAUGACACAGGAUUUCCAGUUGUUUCUGCUUCAAUGACUCAGUUUGUAUUAAUGUGUGACUUUGGGGUUUUAAUCAGAAAGACUAGAUCCAUGUCUCACACAAUCGCAUCAACAAAAUGAUCAAACAAGGCAGCAGUAAACCAUCAACUCCUGUGUUCUUAAAACUACUGUUUUGUCAAUACAGAUGGCUGAUGAGAGUUAAGUGUCCCUCUGUAUUAUAUUUAUUAUCACAGUCUGUUUCACUGCUGCAGCUGGCCUGAUUACUUCUAUAACUCUUGUAAAACAUGUUCAGAUCAAACAUUCAUGUGGUCUGUGAUGAUGCUGUCUGUUAUAGAUGCUGCAGUUAUUUACACUCCUCUAGUUCCAGUAGGGAUGUAGUUGUAGUCACUUCUGUCUGUACUGGAAUGUAACUGUACCAAUCAACACGGCAAACAAUAAAAUACAAUGAACACUUGA